CAUUCUGCUUUUCGUAUCUAGCGAGUACGGUUUUUAAUCGAUUAGUGCGAGCUCGCGUUCAAAAAAUGCCGCGUAAAAGAGAUUCGGAAAAAAGUGUCAAAAAGCGGGAAUUAAGUGAUAUUUUGGAGGAAUUAGACGGGAUGAGGAAAAGAUUGAAAGAGGCUCUCUCCUCACCUACCCCAAGUUCUUCUGGAGAGGAGGAAGAAAUAGUGUUUGUUAACGUGGGUGACACUAAGACAGAAGAUAAUACCGAUUUUAACAUGAACGACAACGCAGAUGAUGAACCACCUACCUACCUCGAGGAGGAAAAUGGUGAUCCUAUUUUGGAGGAUGAAUUUAAGCCGUUGGGAGCCAAACCUCCUAUGGAUGAUGCAAAACUGGGUGCUGAAUUACAUAACGAAAUAGUAAUAAGAUGGCAGUCAUAUUUAGUAAAAGGAGUAAGCUUAGAAGAACGUAAGAAAAUUGUUGAAAAGUACGAUUUACCGGCAAACUGUCAGCAAUUACUACCUCCAAAAGUCAAUGAAGAAAUUUUGGCCUGCCUUCCUGAUACAACAAACAAACAUGACAGGCUCCUAAAAUCCCUACAAUAUCAGUUGGGGCAUGGAUUAAGUGCAAUAGGAAAAGUAAUGGACCUGUUAUUAAAAGAGAAAAAUACAGAAAACCUGACUUGUUUAGCAGAUAGUGCACAACUUUUCGCAAACGUACAUAAUGCCAUUUCGGUGUUACGCAAACAAAAGAUUGCACCAUUUUUAAAUUCUGAGGCACAAGCCGUGGCCCUAUCCUCUUCCAUUGAUGAUAAACUGUUUGGUUCCAAUUUUGAAGAAACUCUAAAAGCUAAACAAAACUUAAAGAAAGCAUCUAUUGAGAUCAAAAAGAAACAAUUCUCAGGUCCACUUGCUCCCAAAGCCUCAACAUCGGGCCUCUCGACCUUUAACCUACCCAAACCUAUUCAAACAACUACCAGACGCUUCCAAACAAAUACAAAUUCAAUGAAUUUAAACUACCAGCGCGGAGUAUUCAGAUACAGGAUGAAAGGGAGGGGAACACGUAUGGCAACAACGAGAAGACCGUACCAGACCAACCCUUACCGCAAAAACUAAACUUGACAACAGCAUCCGCUAUGCAAGGAGAUUUCCCUGGUGGCAGGGAAGUUAUACGGAGGGCUCUUAUGAAAAGAAGCGUUUCCGAAGCGGCUAUCCCGAUCAUGAUUUCCUCAAUUAGCGAGGGGACUCUUAAACAAUACUCUACCUGUUAUAAGAAAUUUUGAAGUUAUUGUAUUGGUAAUAAUAUCGAUAUGUUUUCAUAUAACCUGAAUACUUACUUAAAUUUCCUGUUAGAAGAGAUUAAUAAAAACCUUUCAUAUUCAUCUAUUAAUAUAUAUAGGUCAGCUCUUAAUUUAAUCUUUUCUGUGGAUAACAAGGACGAAAUUAUUAUAAAAAGAUUUAUAAAAGGUACUUACAACACUAUACCGCCUCAACCAAAAUAUGCUAUUACUUGGACUUUAGAUCCAGUUCUAAAGUAUUUAGCUUCUCUUUUUCCACUGGAAAAUCUUAGUAUCGAUAAACUUACAAUAAAAUUGGUUACCCUUAUGGCUAUUACAACAGCUCACAGAGUUCAAACCCUAAGUAAAAUAACGUUAAAUAAUAUAUUUCGUUCCACGGACAAAAUCGAAAUAAGAAUUUCAGAAAAAAUUAAAACUUCAGGUCCAAACAAACUACAGCCUACCUUAGUUUUUCCAUAUUUCAAAGAAAAAUUAGAAAUUUGUGUAGCCACAACAAUAGACUUUUAUAUUCAAAAAACUUCCUUACAACGAGGCAAAAUUAAUAACCUUAUUCUAACACAUAAAAAACCAUUUCACGCUGCCUCGUGUCAAAGUAUCAGUAGAUGGAUAAAAGCAGGCCUUAAAAAUAGCGGCAUUAAUAUUGAACGGUUUUCAAGUCAUAGUGUAAGGCAUGCUUCGACCUCAUCAGCCCUUAGGUGUGGGGUCAAUGUAAAUACUAUAAAAAAUACCGCUGGCUGGAGUUUAGAAUCUGAGGUGUUUCUAAAAUUCUAUAACAGGCCUGUCGGUGAACCAAAUGAAAUUUUUGCUAAUACAAUUCUUAAAUUAGCAUUAGAGAAAUAACAAACUAUGUUAAAUACUACUAUUUUGUUUAGGGGUUAUGUUCGGCUUAUAUCUUAUAUUUUACAUUAUAUUCUGUAAUUACUUGUUAACCAUUAUACUAUAUAACGUUGUCUUAACGUAAGUAUUAUUAGUGUUGUUAUUAUUAUUUAGUUGAUCAUACCAAUAUUAGGUAUAUUAAAUUUAUAAUGAAA